AUGAUCAACUAGCAUAGAAAAAUAGAGCAUUCUUUUCUCUAUCAAACUAUAUAGAAAGAAAGUUUCUUUAAGUUUUCUAUAAGGAAUUAAAGUACCAUUGCCACUACUUUUGGUAUGCCCUAAGUACAUAGAGCAAAUAUUUCUCUACAAAAUGAGACAUUCCGCAGCUGGAAACGAUUCUUCGCAUUAUACAAUUUUUUUCUAGAUGUCCUGAUAUCAGUUGUAUGAAUACCUAGAUGUGACUAGAAUUUGUGUGAUUAUGGUAAACUGCUCUGUUUCCAUAUUAUAUCUAAAAAACACGUUUAUUAUUAAGCUGUUAAUAAUAUAUGAUAUUUUACUUUAGUCUUACAAAAUUCAACUUGAUAAUUGUCAAGGAACCAUAGCACAAUUAAGAAAAACAAUUGACGUUAUGGAAAAACGUUUAGAUCAGUUACGAACAAUGGAACAAAAUGAUAAAUCUAAACAUUCAACUAUGAAUAAUGAUUCUCAAGCAGGAACAAAUCAUCGAUUUAUUCAUGAACUCUUUCAUAUGUGUAUAAAACAUAAUCGUCAAUUAUCAUCAUCAAAAUAUAAUACAAAUAAUAAUGAAAAACACACGAAACCCAGUCAUCAUGAUAUGAGAAAUUAUGUUUGGCAAACAUUUUCAGAUAUGUUCAAAGAUAAAUCAAAUCAAAAACGAGUUCAACAGGUGAGUAAAAUCGAUGAUCGCAUGAUCAGUAAUAAAUAA